AUGGGUCCCCCUAGGCGCAAGGUUCUCGCUACGGCGGAAGAGACCAUGUUCCCGCCGGAUGAGCUGUCUCAGGGCCAUCUAAUUGCCCGGGCUAUCAAGGCGACCGGAAACAACAUCUACUCGGUGGAACUUCCCUCGAAGGAGUCGGUUUUGGUGGAGCUCCCUGCCCGCUUCCGAUCGACCAUCUGGAUCAAGCGGGGUUCCUACGUGGUCAUCGAUACCAAUGCUCUUGAGGGCCGCGACAACAAGCUCAAGGGAGAAAUAGUCAACAUCGUUCGUGAUGAGAAAGCGUGGCGCAAAGCCCCGUUUUGGCCAAAGGAGUUCGCUAAGCAAGCUGCUGUUGUCGCCGACGACUCGGACGAAGAGGAUGAGUCCAAUGUCGGCAAGAUGCCUUCUUCCGAUGAGUCGGAUGCUUGA